AUGCAGCAAGCGCGACUACAGGGCUGUCGCCUGCAGUCGGGCUCGCCAUGCAUGCCCAAUGCGCAGGGUGUGGCACCCCUGCGCACCUUCACAGGGUUCCGCUCGGGUUCGGUGGUCUCCAAGCACAGCGCCAUCCCCGAGGCCCAGGGCCUGUUCGACCCCGCCAACGACCGGGAUGCCUGCGGCGUGGGCUUCGUGGCCGAGCUGUCCAAGAAGCCCUCCCGUGCCACGGUGGAGGACGCGCUGGAGAUGCUGGUGCGCAUGACCCACCGCGGCGCCUGCGGCUGCGAGGAGAACACGGGCGACGGCGCGGGCAUCCUGGUGGCCAUUCCCCACCCCUUCUUCGCCGAGGUGAUGGCCGACGAGGCCUGCUUCGACCUCCCCCCGCCCGGCGACUACGGCAUCGGCCAGGUGUUCCUGCCCCGCGACAUCGAGGAGGCCAAGGCCAUCCGCGACAUCAUCGGCAACGUGGCGGAGCGCCUGGGCAACCACGUGCUGGGCUGGCGCCGCGUCCCCACCGACCCCGCCGGCCUGGGCCCCUCCGCGCUGUCCACCGAGCCGGUGGUGGAGCAGUUUGUGGUGUCUCGCGCGGCGCCCGGCGCGGGCCGCCGCUCGCGCGGCAUCGAGCAGCAGAUGUACCUCCUGCGCAAGCUGAUCGAGUCCAAGCUGCGCCUGCAGCACCUGGGCGACGACGACGUGUACAUCUGCUCACUGUCUUCGCGCACCAUCGUGUACAAGGGGCAGCUGACGCCGGCCCAGGUUCCCGGCUACUACCGUGACCUGCAGGACCCGCGCUUCACCUCCUACAUGGCGCUGGUGCACUCGCGCUUCUCCACCAACACCUUCCCCUCCUGGCACCGCGCGCAGCCCAUGCGCAUGCUGGGCCACAAUGGCGAGAUCAACACGCUGCGCGGGAACGUUAACUGGAUGCGCGCGCGGCAGGGCGUCAUGCGCUGCGAGGCGCUGGGCCUGCCCGAGCGCACGCUGCAGAAGCUGCUGCCGGUGGUGCCGCCGGGGCAGUCCGACUCCGGCUCCUUCGACGCUGUGCUGGAGCUGCUGGUGCGGUCGGGGCGCGACCUGCCCGAGGCCAUGCUCAUGAUGGUGCCCGAGGCCUGGCAGAACGACGCGCUGAUGAGCGAGGAGAAGAAGGACUUUUACCGCUUCCACUCGGCCAUCAUGGAGCCGUGGGACGGCCCCGCGCUCCUCUCCUUCACCGACGGGCGCUACAUCGGGGCCACCCUUGACCGCAACGGGCUGCGCCCGGGGCGCUACUACAUCACCAAGAGCGGCCGCGUCAUCAUGGCCUCCGAGGUGGGCACCGUGGACGUGGACCCCACGGACGUCGCGAAGAAGGGGCGCCUCAUGCCGGGCAACAUCUUCCUGGUCGACUUUGACCGCCACUGCGUCGUGGACGACGAGGCGAUGAAGCACAGGUACGCCUCUGCGCGCCCCUACGGCAAGUGGCUGGAGGAUGAGGUGGUCACCCUGGACCGCAUCGUGGAGUCGGUGGACCCAGCGGCGCUGGAGCUGCCGGCCGUGAAGGGUAUGGAUGGCGACGACGGCGAGGUGCCCUCCGACGGUGUCUCCGGCAUCCACCGCCUGCUUAAGCCCCUCACAGCCUUUGGCUAUACCGUCGAGACGAUGGAGGUGCUGCUGCUGCCCAUGGCCAAGUCUGGGGCGGAGCCGCUGGGCUCCAUGGGCAACGACUCGCCCCUGGCCGCCAUCAGCCAGCGCCCCAAGCUGCUGUCCGAGUACUUCAAGCAGCUGUUCGCCCAGGUGACCAACCCGGCGAUCGACCCGCUGCGCGAGCGCCUCGUCACCUCCACCCGGGCCAUGAUCGGGCCGGAGGGCGACCUGACGGAGACCGGGCAGUCCCAGGCCCACCGCCUGGAGCUGGAGCAGCCGCUGCUGCGGCCCUCGGAGAUGCAGGCCAUGAAGCACAUGACCUACAGCGGCUGGGAGACGCGGCUGGUGGACGCCACCUGGCCUGUCGCCGAGGGGCCAGGUGGCCUGGAGGCCGCCCUGGCGCGCAUCUGCAGCGAGGCCGCCGCCGCCAUUGAGGCCGGCGUCGACUUCAUCGUGCUGUCCGACCGUGCUGCGGACGCGAGCCGGUGCGGUAUACCCUCCAUCAUGGCCACGGGCCGGGUGCACCAGCACCUGGUGGGCCUGCAGAAGCGCUCGCGCGUCGGCCUGCUGGUGGAGGCGGCCGACGUGCGCGAGGUGCACCAGUUCUGCCUGCUGAUCGGGUACGGCGCGGACGCGGUGUCGCCCUACCUCGCGCUGGAGGCGGUGCUGGCGCUGCAGGCCGACGGCCGCGUGCCGGCCGGCCUGUCCCGCGCGGAGCUGGAGGACGCCUACUUCCGCGCGGUGGGCGACGGCAUCCUCAAGGUCAUGGCCAAGAUGGGGAUCAGCACUGUGGCCUCCUACAAGGGCUCCCAGAUCUUCGAGGCGGUGGGCCUGGAUGCGGAGGUGGUGGACGCCUGCUUCACGGGCACCGCCUCGCGCAUCGGCGGCAUGAGCCUGGCCGACCUGGCCGCGGACCUGCUGGCGCUGCACGCCGCGGCGUACGUGCCCCCCGCCGCGGCAGCCAUGCUGCCCGACCCGGGCGACUACCACUUCCGGUCGACGAUGGGUCACGAGCUGCACCUGAACGACCCCAUCGCCAUGGCCAAGCUACAGGAGGCGGCGCGCACGGGGUCGCGCGGCGCGUACGCCGAGUACUCGCGCCUGACCCAGGAGCUGAACCGCAGCGUGAACCUGCGCGGCAUGCUGCGCUUCCGGCGCGGCGCGGCGCCGGUGGCGCUGGAGGAGGUGGAGCCCGCGGCGGCCAUCGUGCGGCGCUUCGUGACGGGGGCCAUGAGCUACGGCUCCAUCUCGCUGGAGGCGCACACCGCGCUGGCCAUCGCCAUGAACUCGCUUGGCGGCAAGUCCAACACGGGGGAGGGCGGGGAGAACCCGCGACGCCUGGUGCCCAACGCCGACGGCAGCGGGAACCCCAUGCGGUCCUCCAUCAAGCAGAUCGCGUCGGGGCGGUUUGGCGUCACCGCGCACUACCUGACCAACGCCGACGAGCUGCAGAUCAAGAUCAGCCAGGGCGCCAAGCCCGGCGAGGGCGGCGAGCUGCCGGGGGGCAAGGUCAAGGGCGACAUCGCGCGCACGCGCAACUCCACGCCCGGCGUGGGCCUCAUCUCGCCGCCCCCCCACCACGACAUUUACUCCAUCGAGGACCUGGCCCAGCUCAUCUACGACCUCAAGUCCGCCAACCCCUCGGCCCGCGUCUCGGUCAAGCUGGUGUCCGAGAACGGGGUGGGCGUGGUGGCCUCCGGCGUGGUCAAGGGCCACGCCGACCACGUGCUCAUCUCGGGGCAUGACGGCGGCACCGGCGCGGCCAAGUGGACCUCCAUCAAGUCCGCGGGCCUGCCCUGGGAGCUGGGCCUGGCCGAGACGCACCAGACCCUGGUGGCCAACGGCCUGCGCGGGCGCACCACCCUUCAGGCCGACGGCCAGAUGAAGACGGGGCGCGACAUCGUCGUGGCCGCGCUCCUGGGCGCGGAGGAGUUUGGGUUCGCCACCGCCCCCCUCAUCGCGCUGGGGUGCAUCAUGAUGCGCAAGUGCCACACCAACACCUGCCCCGUGGGCAUCGCUACGCAGGACCCUGUCCUGCGCGCCAAGUUCGCGGGCCAGCCCGAGCACGUCAUCAACUUCCUGUUCAUGGUGGCAGAGGAGGCACGCACCUACAUGGCCGACAUGGGCUUCAGGAGCGUGCAGGAGAUGGUGGGCCGCGCCGACAUGCUGGAGGUGGACCCCGAGGUGGUGGCCGCCAACCCCAAGCUUGCCAACAUCGACCUGUCCCGCCUGCUGCUCCCCGCCGCCAGCCUGCGCCCCGGCGCGGCCCAGACCUGCAGCGAGAAGCAGGACCACGGGCUGGAGGCGGGGCUGGACGCGGAACUGAUCCCGCUGUGCUCCGCCGCGCUGCGCCCGCGGCGCGACCAGGCACGGCACGUCUUCCUGGAGGCAGCGGUUUGCAACACGCACCGCGCCACGGGCACCACUCUGUCGCAUGAGGUGACCAAGCGCUACGGCGCGGAGGGCCUGCCGGAGGGCACCAUCCACCUGGCCCUGUCCGGGCACGGCGGGCAGAGCCUGGGCGCGUGGCUCUGCCCCGGCAUCACGCUGGAGCUGGAGGGCGACUCCAACGACUACGUGGGCAAGGGCCUGUCCGGCGGCAUCAUUGCCGUCUACCCGCCCGCCGUCUCCGACUUCGAGCCGGGGGAGAACAUCAUCGUGGGCAACGUCUGCCUCUACGGCGCCGUCUCCGGCGAGGCCUACUUCGCGGGCAUGGCUGCGGAGCGCUUCUGCGUGCGCAACUCCGGCGCACGCGCCGUGGUGGAGGGUGUGGGCGACCACGGCUGCGAGUACAUGACGGGCGGCACCGUGGUGGUCCUGGGCGGCACGGGCAAGAACUUUGGCGCGGGGAUGUCGGGCGGCGUGGCCUUCGUGUACGACCCCGAGGCGCGCCUGCAGGCGCGCUGCAACCCGGAUGUCGCCGGCGACCUGUUCCCCGUGGAGGACGAGGAGGACGUGGCCGCGCUGCGCAGCCUGAUCCAGCGGCAUGUGCGCUUCACGCGAUCCGCGAAGGGCCGAGCGCUGCUGGCCGACUGGGACGCGGCGGUGCAGGGCUUCGUCAAAGUGUUCCCGCCGGACUACCGCCGCGCGCUGGCCGAGCAGGCCAAGCUGGCCGCAGCCCAGCGCGGGCAGGAGGAGGUGCUGGCCGGCGCCAGCACCGACGACGCGUUUGAGAGCCUGAAGCGCAUGGCGCUGGAGGUGGUGCGCCGCGGCGCGCAGGUCGUGGACACCACGGCGGCGCCGGUGCCGGCGCGCGCGCCUGCCCCGGCCGGCGCCGCCGCCGCGGAGGCCGAGCUGGAGUACAAGCGCCUGCUGCGCGAUGCGGCGGAGGGCGUGCCCGUCGGCGGCCGCCCAGCGCUGUGGGAGGCGGGGCGCCCGACGGUCGUCGACGGCCUGGCCGCAGUCAAGAGCGGCGGGUUCAAGGCCUACGAGCGCGCGCCGCUGCCCUUCCGCGACGUGCAGGAGCGCAUGGCUGACUGGGGGGAGGUGCACGCGCACCUGCCCGCCGAGCAGCACGCGCAGCUGCUCAACACGCAGUCGGCGCGGUGCAUGGACUGCGGCACGCCCUACUGCCUCAACCGCACCACCGGCUGCCCCCUGGGCAAUCUCAUCCCCGAGUGGAACGCGCUGGUCUGGCAGGGGCGGUGGCGUGAGGCACUGGACAGGCUGCUGGAGACCAACAACUUCCCGGAGUUCACGGGCAGGGUGUGCCCCGCGCCGUGCGAGGGGUCCUGCGUCCUGGGCAUCAACCAGAACCCGGUCACCAUCAAGACCAUGGAGGUCUCCAUCAUCGACAAGGCAUGGGAGGAGGGCUGGAUGGUGCCGCGGCCGCCCGCGGUGCGGACCGGAAAGCGUGUGUCCAUCAUCGGUGGCGGGCCCGCAGGUCUGGCUGCCGCCGAUCAGCUCAACAAGGCAGGGCACACCGUCACCCUGUACGAGCGUGCCGACCGCAUCGGCGGGCUCAUGAUGUAUGGCGUGCCCAACAUGAAGACCGACAAGGAGGGCAUCGUCCAGCGGCGUGUCGACCUGAUGGCGGCAGAGGGCGUCCAGUUCGUCACCUCGGCCCACAUCGGCCGCGAGGUGGACGUGCGCGACAUCCGCGCCUCCUCCGAUGCCCUCAUCCUGGCUGCGGGGGCCACCAAGCCGCGCGACCUCCCCAUCGAGGGCAGGUCCCUGAAGGGCGUGCACUUUGCCAUGGAAUUCCUGGCCGCCAAUACCAAGUCACUGCUGGACUCUGGCCUGGAGGAUGGCAAGGCCAUCUCUGCCAAGGGCAAGACGGUAGUGGUCAUCGGCGGCGGUGACACGGGCACCGACUGCAUUGGAACCAGCGUGCGCCACGGGGCGACCAACGUCAUCAACCUGGAGCUGAUGCCGCAGCCCCCUGUGACGCGCGCCGCCAGCAACCCCUGGCCCUACUACCCGCGCGUGUUCAAGGUGGACUACGGCCACGCCGAGGCCGCGGCCAAGUACGGCGCCGACCCGCGCGUGUACGAGGUGCUGACCAAGCGCUUCAUCGACGACGGCCAGGGCAACCUCAAGGGCCUGGAGAUUGUCAGCGUGGAGUGGCAGCCGGCCACCGCGGGCGGACCGCCCAAGUUCGUGGAGGUCCCUGGGAGCAACAGGAUCAUCGAGGCUGACAUGGUCCUGCUCGCAAUGGGUUUCCUGGGGCCAGAGGCCACCCUGGCCGAGGCCCUGGGUGUCGAGACCGAUCCCCGCUCCAACUUCAAGGCAGAGUAUGGCCAGUUUGCGACAUCCAUGGAUGGAGUGUUUGCAGCUGGCGACUGCCGGCGUGGCCAGUCCCUCGUGGUUUGGGCCAUUGCUGAGGGCCGUGGGGCGGCGGCUGCCACGGACAAAUUCCUGGCUGGCGUGGAGCCUAGCACAGACGCCAGGCAGGAGGUCGUGGGCGGCAUCAUCCCAUGGAAGGAGUUCAGCCAGAAGGUCAUGGGCCAGCAGCUGGUCGCUGUGUGA